CGUUCCACACACAUUGUUAAUAUCAACUGUUCUACAAAAUUAUAACAAUUUUAUAUUUAUUUCCUUAGCAAAUAUAAUUUAACAAAAUAAUAACCAUUCACUGCGAUAUAAAUUUUCUCGUCGUGAUGAUUAAUACCGAACCCGUGGUUCUUUGCCUUGACGGGAUUAUAAAAACAAGAUCACCAUUUAACUAUCAAUACUUCCUCUAUAGCGUUUAAAGAGACAACCCGUAUUUUUUGCCGUAAACCUAAAUUUAGUGUCAAUUGGUAUUAGAUAGUAUUUAAGCUGCCUUGUGAUAUCAUGUACAAAUAUAUACUAGGUUUUAUUUUAAUUAACAUUUUUGUAGCUGCAUUUCCAAACACAGACAUUAAAAACAACAUUAAUCAAUCCCAAGAAGACGAUUACGUUCAAGAACAUGACAGUCCAUUUUUACAUAAUGAAUUAAAAACGACUUUAACUUCAGAGAGACCUAUUUCUAAUUACGAAGUUACAGAAAUAGUUGUGGAUAUACCAGAUAACAGAACAGUAGGUCCGAUAAUUACUAAUUAUACAAUCCCCAGACCGCUUAAUACGGUUCCCAUCGUUACAGAAACAGAAAAUGUUAUUAACAAUGGAGAAACUGAAAGAGUUACAAUUUCUACAGACCACGAAAAAGAGGGAAAGAAGAACUACGUGAGUAUAUUUCAUGUGAAAGCUGAGUUUGAAGAUAAAACAGAGCAGACAACCCAAGUAGUAGAUAACCACCACGUGUCGCACGUAUCUGGUUUUAAAAAUUACUUACACACCAUCAAACAAGGAAUAAUAGAUGGAGUUAAAAGCAUAAUCGGCCGACACAAGGUAAAUUAUGACGAUUCCGAUGGUCCUUUGGGGUUUAUAAAUAAAUUACAUAAAAAAAGUACAGUUGCUGCUCAUCAGUUUCACGAUGUAGUCUUCGGACACUCAAGUCAUGAAACUAACUAAUUUAAUUGUUACUGUUCUAAUUUUAAUAAAAAAUAUAAGUGAA